AUGGGACGUGAGGAGCAAGGAAGGACUUGGUGCAUGGACGCAGCUCAACUGGAUACGCAAAGGAAGAAGGAGGAAGCCAUCUUGAAGACCAGCUCGACCACCUACUCGACCAACCGGUCGAGUUCCUCAACUCGACCGGCCAAGCUUCAACUCGAUCGAGCUGAGAAGUCAACAGUGUAUGCGAACUCGAUGGAGUCGGAUGAGAAAUUGCGUAAAGAUGUCAAAUCGUUGAAUGAGAAGUUGGAUAAGCUUAUCUUAGCUCAGUCCACAAUGAAGAAGGUCAAUUUUGUGUCUACUGAAGAGAUGGAACCAGUCCAAGAAAGGGAGGAUACACAAUUUGCUGAAGUGUGCUACAUGAGCAAUGGGCAAGGAGGUUACAACAAAGGCUACUAUAAUUACAAGUCCAACUCAGCCAUGUCAUACCGAAACACUGAUGUUGCUAACCCUCAGGACCAGGUCUAUCUUCAACAACAGCAAGCUCGAUCGAGUCAAGCCCAACAACAUGGGUAUGGUCCUAAAAACAACUACCAAGGCCCUCAAGGGACUUUUCCUAGUCAGAAAUUGCUUCAGGGGCAAGCUGAUGGUGUAGUGGACACAAGCAAAAAACAUCUACCUGGUAAGGCCAUUCAGAACCGCAAGGAACAGUGCAAGGUCAUCUUCACUCAAGAAGGUCUUGAUGAAGAAGAGGAUCAAGAGAGAGUCAUGGAAGAGUUUUGUUUGUUGUUGCAUGACGAGGAGAUUGUUGUUGAUGAGGCUCCUGAGUCCAGUUUGAUCAAGUUGAGCCAGUUGAUACAUCAUCAGGCCGCCUACUCAUUCAAAGCCAUAAUUGUUCAAGAUGUUCUAGCUCACAAGGAAAAGGUUUCUGAGCUUAUGGAGAUGUCUACCCACCAAAUAAACCUGCUUACCUCACCUACUUUCUUACCAAAGGUGAAGGAUCAAGGGAAAUUCACUCUCCCUUGCACACUUGGGCAUAUUGAGCUUGACAAUGCCUUGGUGGAUUCUGGUGCAAGCAUCAACCUCAUUUCUCUCACAAUGGCAGAAACGAUUGGCAUUGUGAUGCGGCAUCUAUGGGAUGAGUACAAGUAA